GCAACUAAACGAGAAAUAUUUAUUAUUAUUAUUACAGAAAAGAUGAAAGUCUAUAUUCUAUAUCCGUUUUUGGCCUGUCUAGUCGUUAAAUGUAUUAUUGUCAACGCAGACGAUGUGAAAUUAAAGUCAAAAAGCUUUCAACGAUUUCUAUUUAAUGAGAUUUCAUUGCAUUUUGAUAAUUCAGCUAAACACGAAUUGAAUGUUUACUUAGAUAAUAUCAAAACACCAGCGAACAUAAGUGACGCUUACAGCGAGGCUUUAAAGGAAGCUACGAUUACUGAUAGACUAGAAACAAAAAUAUUAUUUAUUAAGCAGUGGCUGGAUUUGGAUACCAAUCGCGAUAAAACGCAGGACAACGUUUACGUUUUAAGGAACGUGCGGUUUUUAAAAAAAUUGAAAACAAAACUUUUAUAUUUUCAAGAGGAAAUGGCUGAAGAAUUGCAUAAUCUACGCUACUAUCACUUAUGUAAGCAAUUUAAAGCAAAUCAAGAAGAAAUAAAAGCCAGACUCGACUAUUAUCCUACAACUCGUUUGAUGCGCAUCGAUGAGAGAAAUAUUGAAACAAUAUUAAAACAAUUAAAUUUAACGGAAAAUCAUGUGAUUAGCAUUGACCUGAAAGAAUUUGGUGACAAAAUCUACGAAAAAGUAAAAGGCACCGGAUCAGAAAUUAUCGAUGAUUACUUGCUUAUCCUAAAAAAACUAUUGCAAGAAAUUAUCGACGGUGAUACCGAAACAGAGUUGAAGCCGCACUCCGAAACUUUGGGUAUAUUUAUGACAGAAAUUAAUUUAUUGCUUUCCUUAUCAGAUUUUUAUGAAAAGCAUCAGCAACUGUACGACUAUUUGCAAAAUAAUUUAACGAUAGAUUUGCAGACGAUGCAAAAUUCCGAGCAAGGCGAACAACAUUCUUUAGAUAUUUUCAAUAUAUUGAAAAAUAAAGGCAUGGACUUAAUAGUAGCGUUUUUAUUCAGCAAUUUUGAAUUUUUGGAGUCCUUGCACGAAGAAUGGGCUUUAUUAUUGCCGCAAGUACCCGCAAAUUUCCUCGAUCCUAAAAGUCGUAUACUAAAAGAAAUACAAUUAUUAUACGAAGACUUUAAGCGUGACUUUGAAAACUCCAAUAACUAUGAAGCAUAUUUGCAAGCCACUAAGGAUUUACAAGAAUUAACCGAAAAAGAACAAAUUGAUCGAUCUCAUAUCUUUAAUUUGCUGCACGAUGCUACACAGAAUGUCGGCGCUUUAAGGGUGAACAUUAUUGCCGACAAAUGUGGUGAAAUUUAAUGCGAAUUACAUAACGAUUUAUAGAACUAACAGAAAAAACAGUUACACUUUUAUUUAAGUAUAAAGGCGACAAGUCAAAUAGAACAAAUGCAAGCAAGAAAUUUACACCUUGUAGAGGAACAUUUUCCAUAUCCACGACAAUAUUGUCAUGAUAUAGAGUGAACGUGGAUUUGAGAACUACUUUCACCCUAAAAGCCUGUGGGCACGGACGUAGAACGAGUUAUAAUUGUUGCAAUUUUUUCGAAGCAAGUUCUACCGAAGGUACUUGGGAUCGACGGCGAAUAGGGAUAGUUUAGUCCAACACAUCUAUUAUCACAUACUCAGCGUACGAGCCCGGUUUCGAAAUGAAUUUAUUACGGACACAAGGAAAUCUGCAGCAAUGUGAAUGUGCUUAAAGUAACCUAAAGCAAAUUAAAUUGAAGCGGAAGUUAAGGGUGCAGGUAUGAACUUAACGAACGGAGAACACUGAACACGUCUUACUUUCCCUCUAACGCAAUAAAGUAAAAAAUAUCAAUGAAAUUUGAGGCAAUUGAGAAAAAUAAAAAAUAACACUUUCAUCCAAUUAUAUGAGUAAUAAUCUUGCUGUAACACCACUCCGAAUAAAUUUCACUAUAAAACUUACUAUAAAAAUGUAU